GCGAUGCUGGCGCGGUGCGGGCAGUGCUUGAGCUAGCGCCAUGCUGGGGCCGCGGUCCGGGGUUCGACUCCCCUCUUCUUUCCACCUCCUCGCCCUGCUGGCCGUCGGCGUCUUCGUGCAGCACCGAAGUGUGACCGCGGUCAACUACAAAACCGUGAUCCGCAUGGAGCGCUACGGCAACUGCCCGGACGCGCCGGACGCGCGGGCCCGGUUCAACUUCUCUGAAGUGGUGCCUUACGGACGGACGUACGUCGGCAGAGGGACCUUCCUCAUCGACUAUCCUUACAAAAAAUUAACCAAGGUGGUCGCACGAAUUCAGAAAUGUGCCGAUCGCAACGACCCGAACUGCGAGCUGUACCAAAACUGGCGUUUCGGCGAAGAAUCGUGUUCGCUGCUGCUCGCCAAGAACGCCAUCUGGACCCCCUUAUUCCGCGCCCAGCCGAGCCUCUCGUGUCCGUUCGUGGUGGGGGCGUACCAAAUGGAAAAUGUGACGGUAGACAUAGAAAAGCUGCAAAUGAUUAAGUUUCCCGACAAGGGGUACUGGAAGGUGAGCGUCACAAUGGACGUGGACAAGAUGCCGAUGAUCAGCUGUCAUUACUUCGAGCUGACCUUUAUUAAAGUAAGAGUGUAAAAAAAUUAAAC